GGCCAGUCCCCCCCACUCCCUAAAAGCAGAAAGCGUGGCAGCGGAGGUGAUUUUGGCCGUGAAACGGCGUCGAAUGAGCGGAGGUCUCUUUAUUUCAGCGGGCGGGGGCGGUGACGGUUUGUGACGUCACUGGACCCCGGUGACGUCAUCGCACCCGCCCUUGCGUUUUUGGGCUGCACCGGCGUGGGCGACCGCUGGAUGGCAGCAGAGAAAUAUUUUCCCUCUAGUGGUUUUGCAGCCCGGAUGUGGAAGCUCCACUGUUACAGUAUUAAGGAAGCGCCCAUGAUGUGGAAAUCUUUUCUGCCCAACCUGCUUUGUCUCCUCCUCCUCCAAUUGAAGCUUUGCCUCUCGCUGAGACAAUGCAGAUGGUUUGCGGCACUCACUGAAACUAAGGCUAUUGAAGGACUCCUAAGCAGCUACAUCUACCAGGAAGAACUUCGCAGUGUGGCCGAGAGCUUCUAUGAUCUCAAAGAUUCACCAGUAGAUCCCAGUGACACCAAUGCAAAUUACUAUGGAUUUCCAUACUGCCUGAAAAUAUUUCUAAUUUGCAUCUAUCGGACGGUAGACAUGGCUAUUCGGGUGGGCCACUACAGCGGACUGAAUCCAAUCGUGAGGGUCUCUUUUGUAGAGCCCGUCAAUCCCGUGCGCCAGAAACAAGAACGUUUACGGAUUGAAAUGGUGGCUGCCCCAUACCGGAUAAACGAUUCAAAUUGUGAUAGCGAGGAAGUUUGCACGAUGUGCUGGUUCACGCCGAUGCCCUUCUUGAACGGCAGUGUUGUGAACCGCAUUAUGGUGAGGACUAAUGGCUUUGGGCUCCCUAUACUCAACAGGAGGUUGUACAUUAACAUAAAUGGAUUUAUGCAACCAUCUGAGAAAGACGAAAUAUUCACGAUUGGGGACAAGCUGUACGACACGGACAAUAUCUUUGGGCUGAACGAUCCGUCGCGCCCCUUGUGGUUCACUUACCAGCGAGCGCCUGUGCUUAUCCUGGGAGGGAUCCCCGAGAAGAAGAUCAUCGUCAUCUCAGAUACGAACUUCGAUAGCUCUCACAUCUUAGAGGUGGCCAUCGACAGCUGCUGGAUCGGCUCCCUUUCCUGCCCGCAGGGAAAAUUCUCCUCCUCCAUUGUAGAUGCCAUCGCUACCGAAAGCACUCUCUUCAUCCGACAAAACCAACUGGUCUAUUACUUUACAGGGAAUUAUCCACUUUUACACCUAAAAACCAAAGGAACUGAUCUGUGGACACGGAUCUUGAACAACGUCUGCGUGAAGAAGCUGGUUCCCGUCUUCUUCCCUCACAAUAACACCGAAUACCUGAUCGCCCUCAGUGGCGGUUCUCAGGAAGGGGAAUUCUUCCUUAUAAGUUGCAAAGAUGGGAUUGUGAAGGCGAGUGGCUCCUUAAGAGAAAAGGGGAAGACCUUAUGCCAUAAUAUCUAUGGACGUUCAUGCAAGGUUUUAUGGGCCUUGUUGACAGAGGGAAACAUGUUCCAUUUGCUGACGACUCGCCCGAGCGGAAUUCGUCGUUACGUUGUUUCAUACGACAGAGAGCGGAAACAUUUUGAUCUAGUGUACAAAAUCCCUUCCCGUGUACCUAAAGCCUCUGAUAAAGGGUUUGUGAUGCUCCUGGGCACCGAGAAAUACACAGACCAAACCCUGAUCGCACGAGGCCUGGCUUACAACCCCUUCAGCAAGUCUUUUUAUAUUUGGGGGAACGUGAUCUUGCAAAGCCAAGAUAAGAUAAAUUACAUCUACCUUUCCAAUUUCCCGAGUGACUCUCCCAUCAAGGAUUUUGUCCUCUCUUUUACUGGGCGUUUUGCUGUUAUGACAGACCGGGAGGAACUCUGGGUGUCGAGCGAAAACGGCAUUGCAUUUAAAAAGGUUUACCCUUCGGAUGCCUGGCAUAAGUUGAGUGCUCUCAAUAGGAUGAGAGGGUCCACAAAAUAUGCCAUCUCAGCCAAACAUUCCAUCAUCAGCAUCUACUAUGACGAGACUGGCUUGCAAGAGCUGAUUUUUAUGGUGGAUGGCCGUGGCAGACAAAAAUUCAUGAAAAGGGAUUUCCCUGUAGAUACUGUCCUGACGUACGACCUCUUGAUCAGCACACCUCACAAAAAGAUGACGUUCAAUGGGAAAGACUACAUCCGAUUCACCCAUCGCUGCCCCUUCGCUGCGUUGCGUAUGGUGGAUCUGCCGCCCCCGCAGCGCUUCACCCGAUUGGAGCAUUACUGGGCCACGCCUCCAGACGUCAUGGAGAAAUCUGGAUUGCAUCACGAGAAGUCGGUCACCGUCUACCAGGGCCUGGUCUACCAGUUGCUUCAGCUGCAUUCAUCGUAUCACAGACCUUAUGCAGACCCCGUCCAUGACCCGACCUGGCGCUGGUGGAAAAACCAGAAAGAAGAGGCCGAAUAUUUUAACUACAAGGCAAGCAACAGGAAAUCGUUGGGAGGUAUCUACAUCAACAUGGCCAACUAUGCCAAAAUUUACAACUUGAUGCCAGAAAACGAGCUGCCCAAAAAUAUCUAUCUGGACAAGAAAACUGCCUACUCUUUUAACGUGUUCCUGUCCAUCAGAACAGCCAGAGAGAGCCUGGGAGAAACGGCUGAGGAAAAUUCCCUCCACUACAUCUGGCUGUCUGUUAUUCUGGCCCAUCCCGAGUAUGUCGAGGCAGAACUGCAGAGGCACGAACUCAUCAGCCGAGGCUCGGUGUUGUAUUGGGUAACCAUUAGAGACAAUGGGAAUUACCCAAUGCAGCAACUCAGUGGGAAGAACCUUCUGAAAAGCUCAGCUGUCAUAAAGGUGGUCAAUUCGGAAAUGGCCUGUUAUCACCAUGCGAACCUGUCCCCAGAGUUGAAGGGUACCGAUACAUUGAGGAUUCAUAUUGGAUGCCCCCCAGGCAAGAGAUUGGCGUUUGACAUCACUCAUACGAAGAAUUACACCACGGAGAAGAACAAGCGCUACUUUGACUGUGUUGAGCCAGAUCCAGAAAUGCCCUGUUUUUUCUUCAGUGAUGUGUUCUACCCAUUCUUCUUGAUCCAAGACAUGGUGACCGGAGACUCGGGACAAUUCCAUGGCAGCUACCUCUUUAGCAUCAUUGGCGGAGGUGCCUUUUCGCAGAGCAACAUCAGAUACUUCACUGAGGAAGAGAUCGUAAAAUACAACACUGACAGUAAUUCGUCAGCUUUGAUAUGGGCGAGAGCCGAUAUAGAAAUUGAAGAAAUCAACAAGGAAGGAUUCCCAGUCCUCUCAGAAACCAACUCUGGAAUUGUGUGGAUUUGUCAGAAAAAUUCUCCGUGUUACGAUAUCGUCCCCCAAAGUAUGGCCACUCCCGAUUAUUACUUUGUGAUCAAAGUAUCCAACAGGGGGGUCGACCAAACCACCUACUGCGACUAUGCCUUGGAGUUCAUGGUCCACAUCCAUGGCCUGCGCCUCAGCCCCACCCGUGCCCUGUACAUAAUGAAGAUUUCAAUGGCUAUUGUCAUCGGACUGGUCAUUCUGUAUAUCUUCGUUGACAUAGUGGCCCCUCCGGUUAAAGACUACUGCAACAAGAUGUUAAAGAAACUGGAGGAAACGAUUGCAUUUCGGGCUGAAUCCAGCCUCACCUUCUCCUCUUCCUUCACCAGUCAAGGAUCCCUUCAGCACCUGCCUUCUGACAUCAGUUCUGGGGAGCCCACCACUGACCCCAUCAGUCACCACAGGAAAUGGCCACAGCACCAUGGGGCACUACACUAGAGCUGCCGUGAUUUGCCAGAUUCAUCGGGCUGCGAGGUUUUUCUGGGGCCUGGGUCUGUCAUCUUUUAUCUGCGUUGUUGUCCAAGAAAGAUCAACUCCUUUAUCAUCCUUUCUCAAGGAUGGAGGGGAGGAAAUUUUUAAGCACCAGCUUACUGAUUUUGGGAAGAAGGUUGCACUGCGAGGCUGCAAAGUCAUCUAUGGCAGGGGUCUCCAACCUUGGCUCCUUUAAGACUUGUGGACUUCAACUCUCAGAAUUCCUCAGUCAGCUUUGCUUUGCUGGCUGAGGGAUUCUGGGAGUUGAAGUCCACAAGUCUUAAAGUAGCCAAGGUUGGAGACCCCUGAUCUAUGGCCAGUACCACACCUAUCAAGAUCAAUUGACACACCAAAAGUAGGCAACUAUCACAGCCACGGAAACCCUCCUGAAACGCAGCCGAAGUGUCUUUUUCAUUGAGGGUGGAGGGAUCAGUCAGGAACAGAUCUUGAGUUUUAUUUAAUUUAAUUUAAUGUAUGUAUUUAUUUGAUUCGUUUGGCACCCAUCUCACGUCGAGGCGACUCCAGACGGCUUAGAAACAUGACUAGGUUUUGGUAUGUUAUUGCUAUUAUACUGCCGAUUCUCCACCUCUUCUGUUUUCUAAAAAAAAUGUACUCCUUUACCCUCUGAUUCUCAGCUGCUGCAGCUCUGCGUCUCGACGCUGGGAACUGUUACAGGGUUAAAUUAAACAAGGGGGUAGCCAUUAAAAAAAAAAGUGGAUGAUUGAUGAGAGAGCAAGUUUCUGAUUUUCCUGUUCAUAGUUCCUGACCUGGUUUUGUUUUAAUAAA